CUUCAUACACGCUUUUUUGUAGGAGCUGUGGUUUAUCGUCUGCAUAUCCAGCGUUGUUCUUUUGGGUUGUCUUCCACCGGAAGAAUGCGAAUCUUCCACCAUGGCGUCUGCCAUGUGCUCCUCCUAUUUACCCUUAUGACAUGCAGUUGGGCCGCUGAUGACCACGGGACACUCUACGACGAUGACAACGACGAUGACAACGCGUCUUACUUCACCAAUGAGUUUGCUGUGCUGGUUAAGGGAGGAAUGGACGUGGUUAGGGAAGUGGCUCAUGAACAUGGAUACCAACUCAAAAUCAAGAUUGGAAGUCUUCCAGACUAUUACAUACUUCACCAUGAAGAAAUACCAGUUAGAUCGAGGCGGGGAACAGACAACUAUCAUACAAAGAAACUAGGCGAUGACCAUCGGGUGGAAUGGUUUCAGCAACAAGAAGCGUUGACACGAACCAAGCGAAAUGCCGAGGAAAGAACCAAUAUCUCUUUGGACUUCAACGAUCCGCUGUACAAUGAAGAGUGGUAUCUGAAUGUUGGAGAUGACACGGAAAGGGCAGUCCCACAUGACAUGCGCAUUAAGGAAGUAUGGGAGCAAGGCAUCACGGGAGCUGGUGUGGUGGUGGCCAUCGUGGACGAUGGGUUAGAGAUAGAUCAUACGGACUUAGCCCGAAACUACGACCCUCAGGCAAGCUGGAACUUUAAAGAGAAUCGACAGGACCCAACGCCACCUGCAUUCUCUUUAGAAAACAACGGGCAUGGCACGAGGUGUGCAGGUGAAGUUUCAAUGGUGGCCAACAACAAUAAAUGCGGCGUUGGGAUUGCGUUCGAUGCUAAGAUUGGAGGAAUUCGGAUCAUAGACGGAAAAGUGACCGAUGCGAUAGAGGGCGCUGCGCUCUCUUAUAACGUCAGCCACGUUGACAUCUACAGUGCUAGCUGGGGCCCCAGCGAUAACGGAAAGACAGCGGAGGUCCCGGGUCCUCUUGCACAAGCAGCUCUAGAACAAGGCAUCAGAGAGGGUAGGGACGGUAAGGGCGUCCUCUACUCAUGGGCUUCUGGUAAUGGCGGGAAUAGAGACGACUGCAAUUGUGACGGAUAUUCAGCCAGUAUUUACACCAUAGCAACGGCUAGCGCGUCCGAAACGGGACACAAGACGUAUUACGGAGAGCAGUGUUCGUCUAUAUUGACGACUACCUACAGUAGUGGGUCCGGCAGUGCAGAACAUUCUGUCAUCAGCAGUGACGUCAACAAUUUAUGUACAACGGGACAUGGUGGUACGUCGGCUGCGGCACCAAUGUUAGCGGGGGUGCUCGCCCUAUUGCUGCAAGCCAACCCCGACCUGACGUGGCGAGAUGUUCAACAUAUCAUUGUACAGACCUCCAGGAUCGACCGUCUGCAAAUUGAGCCAGACGCAAAUUGGCGCCAAAACGCAGCCGGUCAUACUUUCAGUGACUACUUCGGGUUUGGACUCGUGGAUGCAGAGGCUAUGGUUAACCUCGCUAACCCCGAGACUUGGAUCAAUUAUCCCGAGAAGAGUGUCUGUACUGUGGAGGCCGAUGAGGGAUUUGAUGCAAGGGUCAUAGACAAGAAUCAACACCUCAAACUUGACAUACAAACUAAUGCUUGCAAGGGUACCAGCGACGAAGUGAAGCAUCUAGAGCACGUUGUACUGUAUGUUACCACCGAAUACAGCAAACGAGGUGCUCUAAAUAUACAUCUGACGUCACCAUCUGGAACGAAGACUGUACUCCUCUCGGAACGUCCUGUUGAUUCUUCUUCAAUCCCAAUGACUAAUUUCCCAUUGAUGUCAGUGCAGCUUUGGGGAGAGGACCCGUCAUUGGGCGACGGGAAUUGGGGACUAGAAAUCUUCGACUCGAGCCACGGCAGGGAGAAUAGUGGAUCUCUACUACACUGGACAUUGGAGCUCCAUGGGACUAAAUCUCUGCCUCAUCAAUAGAGGGCGCAGUAAUGGCGUCGCACAAAACAACACUCCCAAGAUAAAGGCAUUAUCAUCCACGACUUUAACUUAAAGGCUUCAAAAUGUUUGGCGUAACCGGGCCUAACUCAAUUAGGGUCGGUAGGUCGGACUUCUAAUUUAUUUUUGAAAAUGUAUUUUUAUAUGAUUUAAAAAUAACUAGGCCUAUGUCUAAACCCACCUGGCAAACUGGUUGUUAUUGAAAAAUAAGCAAAGAGAAAAGAGCUAGAAAAAAGCCUACUUGGAUCCACCAUUUAACUAAACCUUUCCUUUAAUGUUAUUUAUUAUUAUUGGUUUUUUUUAACACUUUUCUCCCCCUCCCUCUACAAAAUUUAAAAAUACAUACGCUAACUGUAUGAAAUUAGUCGGUCGGCUUACGCCAAACAAUUAUUUAAUCGGUAUGCCGUUCAAGUCGUGGCGCUAGCCAGUUUUCCUCGUACCCCCCCCCCCCCCUUCGAAUCAGAAAUUUCCCAAAACUUGUCCGAAAUGUUACCUAUUUUUCAGAAGAACUAUUUCAGAGUAGACACUUGUGCUGCCGUGGCCCGUUUCAGGUCAAAAUUCCUGGGGCACCAUCUUCUGUGCAUUCUUCUCUUGUAAUGUUCUGCAAAGAAAUUGCCCCAGUCUUUGGGCAAAUUAAGUAGAAUCCGCCAUUCACGUUUUGAUAUGCAGCUGGUUUUAGAUCAAAGGUCAAAGGUCGGGUCAUGUUCGACAAGUAGCGGGUCAUUCAAAUGCGGUUCAAACUGGCAGGUCACAAUUAGUUGUUUGUUGAUAAUUUAUUUAUUUAUUUGUUGUUGUUAUAAUUUGUUUUUAAUAAGCUGUGUCUACAAAAGAGACCGAAAGAGUUGCUCAGCCUGUGUGAUUUAUUUCACACACAACGAAAGAACAAAUUGUAUAGAUUGUAGCCGCUGUAUUUAAUAAGGGAAUCAAUGUGUGGUGAAGAGGUUUUCAACUAGUGGUUUAAUCCCAACGAGGCAUG